AUGUGCAUUUUCUCAGCAUGCGGACAAAUCGUGUACGGCCUUGUGAUGAUUGCCUGCAUGGUACUGACCGCAAUACCGACAUUCAAUGGAAAGUUGUUCUCAUGGAAAUGUCUAAGUGAUCUGAAAAACUGCGACCCAUUCGAGAAGGUUGGCACAGCGCAGCACGGGUACAUGAAAACGGUUGCCAUCUUCAUGGCGUUAGCUCUGGCCUUCGAAAUGUUGUCAAUAAUUUUUUGGACUCGUUUAUAUCUAUGUGAAGUUUAUGGAACUGAAGUGAAGUUUCGUAAAGGCAGGGCUUAUGGGAAAAUUAUUGAACUGGGACUGAGUUGUGCCUGUUGCUGCAAGAAAUACAUAAUUCAUCCGUUGACAAUAUUGUCCUUCAUUACGACCGUCUUCCUACUCGUAGCUGUUAUUGUCUACGCAGUGAAUAACAAGGACGAUUUAGGCAACACUCUAGACCACAAGGACCAGUUCGGCUACUCGUUCUGGCUGUCAGCAUGUGCUCUGGUCUCUGGCAGCGGUAGACACUGUCCUCGCUGGUGUAAUAGUCUGUCUGGGAGGAUGCUGCCUCUG